AUGAACCGUUUCAUAUGUUCGGGACGAAUGCUGGGCGGCAGCGCCAUCCUGCUGUCAACCAUCAUCAUUGUUUGGAUCGUGUUUGUGAAUCCCCCACAGACCCGAAUUCUCCACAGUUCGUCUCCUCAAACCGUCUCGCCCACGCACAAUUCGUCAUCGCCAUGGAACCCCAGUGAUGUCCGAUGCAGCGGUCUCCUCGACACCUCCCACAUCCAGGUGGUAGUCAAGACGGGAUCAAACAUCAUCUACGAUAAGCUCCCCACGCAACUCCUCACAGCCUUGCGAUGCUGCCAAGACCCGCUCAUUUUCGCCGACUCCGAGCAAGACAUCGGACCCUACCAUGUCUACGACGUGCUCGCGAACGUCAACGAGACGUUAAAGGCCACCCAUCCUGAUUUCGCCUACUAUCGCACCAUCAAAGACUACUUGUCCUCAGGCCGGGACAUCCGGCUCCUCCGGACCUCGCGCCAGGCCGCCUGGGACCUGGACAAGUACAAGUUCAUCCACAUGCUCGUGGAAACCUGGGAGCGACGCCCGGGCCACGAUUGGUAUGUCUUCGUCGAGGCCGACACGUACCUCUUCUGGGGAAAUCUAGUGCAGUGGCUGGCGCGGAUGGACCCUGCCAAGCCGCUCUAUCUGGGCUCGGCGGCGACGUUCCAAUCCGAGAAGUUCGCCCACGGAGGAAGCGGGGUGAUCCUCUCGCGCGAAGCGAUGAAGCGCGUCUUGGACGGAGAUGCCGAUCUGGCUGCUCGAUAUGACGAGCAUAUGCACGACGAGAUCUACGGCGAUUACGUGCUUAUGAAAGCCCUGAAGGAAAAGGGCGUCGAGCUGAGUAAUAAAUGGCCCAUGAUGCAGGGCGAGAAGCAGAAUACGCUUCCUUUUGGGCCCGGUCCGAACACUGGGUCCCGACAUGGGUGUCAGCCGUUGAUUACUAUGCAUAGUGUUACGCCGGUGGAUGUUAAUGCGAUGUGGAAUUAUGAGCAGCGGCGGAAACAUCCACAGGAACCGCUUCUUAUUGGUGAACUGUAUGACUAUUUCAUGGGUCGUGCGCUUCCCUCGCAGCGCGAUGAUUGGUAUAAUCUCUCCGAUGACUUGAUGUUCCGCGCGCCCGGUGUUGAAGGACAGAGACAGAAGUCGCCCGCGGAUAUGACCCCGGUCGAGAAGGAAGCGUAUAGCUCUUUUGAGCAAUGUCAGAAAGCGUGUCAUGAGCAUUCCAAGUGCUUCCAGUUCGUUUACCACGACCAGACUUGUGGAUUCUCCUUCUCCUAUCGGCUGGGAUACCAAAGAGAUCCGGAAGGUGAUGAAGGACCGUAUAAAUCUGGGUGGAUCUUGGAUAAAAUCGAGAAGGAUCGGGAAGAUCACCCUUGCAAGGCACCUGAAUGGCUAUAG